AUCAUCGCAUGCAUCGCAUGGUAAAGACGUAAAGUCCGUGUCAAAGUUUGAUGUUUGACUUGUAGUGUUGACAGUGCGUUGUAGGGGGGCCUUGUCUGAGUGCUGUGAAUAAACAUUAUUGUGAUAUUAAUUAAGACAACAUGGAGACGUUCGUAAAAGACUUCUUGUUAACAGAACAAUGCUUUGAUGAAUUUUUCGUUAAAGCCAACUUUCUACAUGUGGCAUGUCUGAAGAUGCUCAUUAGCAAAUGCCUUGGAUAUCUGAUUAUUCUCGGAGCUGUCAUAGUGAAACUGCCACAGAUUAUAAAGAUUUGGAGUGCAAAAAGUGGAGAAGGUGUGAGCUUUCUGAGCCAGAGCUUAGAGCUAGCUGCUGUUACUGCUACAGUUUCAUACAGUUUUGCCAACAAAUUCCCGUUCAGUGCGUGGGGAGAAGGAUUUUUCCUAAUAUUGCAGACUUGCACCAUCUGUGUGCUAGUGCUACACUAUGGAGGAAAGCUGGGUAUUGCUGUGGUGUUCAUGCUGGCAUACAGUGCAGUUCUCAGUCUGAUGUUGUCCGGCUUAGUACCUAUCAACAUCCUGUGGAUAUUCCAGUCGUGUAACAUAGCCAUAGUCAUCGGCAGCAAGCUUGUGCAGAUAUUGAGCAGUUACAACAAUGGUGGGACGGGUCAGCUUUCCGUCAUCACCUUCUCCCUGUUGUUCCUCGGCAGCAUCGCGCGCAUCUUCACCUCCAUCCAGGAGACUGGAGAUAACCUCAUCAUACUUAUUUACGUGCUUGCGACGACGCUGAACGGCGUAAUAUUCGGCCAGGUUUUAUAUUACUGGAACGCGCCAGUGCCGUCUACAAAGACUAAAAUCCAGUAAUGGGAUUUUGUGAUUGUUAAUAUGGCAAGUGGUGCUGGGGGAUGAAGCCAUUUUUUCGAAUCGCUACGCACAAAUGUUGUUAAAUAAUUUACGUUUAUUUGCUGUGAAGUUUUAUCUUUGCUGUAAUGAUGUUCGAGUUGUUUUCGGCGUAAAACAACACUAGGUGGCAGCACAUACACAAUCACAUUCCAUGUAUGUUACUUUGCUCUGCUUUCACGCAUUGAUCACCUUCCUAGCUGCUUGCAUGUUUUUAAUCCACAAGUUCAAAUUAGAAGAUGGCCUGUUCAUUCAUUACGUUUUAUUAUUAUUUAAAUAUAUCGCCAAUUAAAUCAAUCAUUUGUUAUUAAACAAAAUUGGAAGUGUAAACGUGAUCAUUAGUACGCGAUAAAAAAUAUUACUACCAAAGUACCAUGCACAAAAUAUUAAUUGAUUAAAUAUUAUUUGUUAUCUUAUAUCACAAUUAUAAAUAUAACUAUCAGUAGUAGAGUGCCUGUUGAUCUUUUCUGUUUUUGUUCAUAUAUUGCUCUUCUUAUUUUCCAUUCUCAGUCAGAAAUUCUAGAGUGCAUGUUGCUCACUGGCCUUGUUUACAGAAGAGAUAUAAGGUCAUAAUUUGUUUAAACAAAGAAAAACUUACCAUGAGACUUCAGACAUAAUAUAUGCUAAGAGUUAUUAAUGCUCGUGGCAAAUACUGCAAAAACAUUUCUUUUUACUUUUAGGCUAAGGAAUCUAAUCUAAUGUAAUCUAGUCAUUGUGAUGAAAUGAAACGAAACGAAUUCAAAGAGUGAAAUAAACAUUUUCGUGUGGAAAUUAA